ACAGUUCACAAAUUUAAGUGGUUCCAAAAUCAAUCACUGUUUAUUGUGAGGAAGUGUGAAACUCUGUUCAGAAAAUUAUAAGCCACAGAUUUCAGGUCAUGGAAACUUUGGUUAGUCAAAGAAGAGUGAGUUUUGGUGAUUCAGGACAACAUAAAAAAGAUGCUUCCAUCAAAUCUAGAGAUGGAAUUCCACAGCCAAAAACAAGAUCCUUCAAAGAGGAUAAAAAGGGGUCCAAGGGGCUACAAUGGCAUUUUUCAAACCAAAUGAAUGAGGAUCAUGAUUCAAGGGAUAUAGAGUUUGCCACUGCAGUAGCAUCAGCUGCACUUGCAAUUCACUCGCUUGAAGAAACAGAUUUACAACAUCAGAAAAAGAUCAGAGAGAGCCUAGAAACCCCAAUGACAAAGGUUAAAAGCAUAAAAGAUGACACAGCUGCAAUCCCAACCAGCGUAACGAGGCGAUUGUCCAACAAGGAAACAACUAAUCCUGGCCAAUCUUCAAUAAAGAAGCCAAUGGGACAAGAAAAGAAGGAACCAGGGACUGGAAUUCCUUUACCGCCACCGAGACAAAACCUCGUACAAACAAGAGCUGAUGUGUGGGAGAGAGAUAAGAUGGAGAGGAUUAGAAAGAGGUAUCAGAAGAUGAAGUCUUCAAUUCUUGCCUGGGAGAAUGAGAAGAAAAUGCAUGCAAAACUUCAAAUGGAAAAGAAAAAGGCUGAAUUGGAGCGCAAAAAGGUGCUGUUUCUGCAAUAUUACCAGGACAAUAUAGUACGGAUAGACCAGAUUGCAGGGGGAGCAAGAGCACAACUAGAAGAGAAAAGAAAAAAUGAAGAGGAUAAAGCAAGAGAAACAGCAAACAGAAUCAGAUUGACCGGAAGACUUCCUGUGACAUGUUUCUGCUUCCAGUAUCACUAAGAAUGAGACUUGACCGUAUGA